AUGAUCCAAUCUGCUCUGGAAAAGAUUAAGCUUAAUCGUACCUUAAUAACUAUUGCUCAUCGUUUAUCAACUAUACAAAAUGCUGAUAAAGUCGUUGUCCCAGAAGAUGGUUGUAUUAAACAGAGCGGGACGCAUACAGAACUUGCGUCGACUUGUGGAUUAUAUUCAGCAUUAUUAAAAUUUGAAAUGCCUGAAGUAAAUGCUCCACCUGUUAACAGUGAAACAUACUCACCAAUUGAAGAUGGUACAAUAUUGGAUAAUGAAAAAACUCCACUUAAAGAUCACAUCAAAAAUAAUAAUAGUAAUAGUGGUGUGACGAUUAUAAAUCAUAAAAGGGAAAAAGAAAGUGAAUAUAAAAUGAAUUAA